CCGGACACCCUUUCGGCCUCGGUUAACUGCUUCGUUUUGGUUAUUCUUCCAGAGACCUGGCCUCUGUGUGCACGGUGUCGAAAUUCCAUCCGAGUCCAGCCUGCCAUUGUUGAUCUACAUCCACCCGAGCCUUCUUUUCUGGGGGGUCCAACGCCCCCCCGCAUCGCGAUCGAGGUAGUGGCCAUUGAGCCCUAUCACAACUGCUUACCCCGUUAGUGAGGCUCAGCCACGGUUACCGUUUCGCCGGAUAUUGCACCCCCCGCAAGAAUAUCCCCUACGCCUGCGUCUUGCCCCGUAUCGCGAAGAUGAGGGCCGACGAGCAAAACCAGCUCAUUCGGCGACACUCCUCCACACUGCACUACCAGACCUUCGAUACCCCGCCACCGAGAUCUCGUGGAAGGCCGAACUCUGGACAGUCUGGGUCAUCGGGUGGGGAGUCACACUACCAGCCACAUGAUUCGGGCCACGAACCGGGUUCCGAGUCGCCUCUCCCCAAGAGGCAGAUGGCGGUUCUCGCCAUGAUCUCGCUCUGCGAACAGACGGCGUUCAACUCCAUUAGCCCGUACCUUCCCGAUAUGGCAACGUCGUUCCCCGAGGUCGAGCCGAACAUGGUUGGUGUAUACGUUGGAGCGAUUGCUACGGCGUUUGCGGUGGCACAGCUGGUUACCAAUUACUUCUGGGGUUGGCUGUCGGAUCGCGUGGGCCGGAAGCCGGUGAUUCUACUGGGUACAAUCCUCACGGCGGGAUGCUUUCUCGCCUUCGGGUUUUGCAAGACGCUCUAUCAGGCGAUCAUUGUGCAGGCCUUCAUGGGCGCCGUCAAUGGCAACCAGGGCUUGGUGUCCACCUGCCUAGGCGAAAUCACGGAUCGGAGCAACCAGUCGAAGGCCUUCACUUAUCUCCCGGUUCUGUAUGGGAUUGGAGGCAUCACGGGCCCGCUUCUGGGUGGCCUACUGAUUUUCGAGCGAAACCCUUUCGACAAAAGCAAGCCCAAUCCUUUCCCGUAUCUCGCGCCGAACGCCAUCUCCGCUGUCAUCCUCGUCGUGGACUUUGUGUUGUCGAUCUUCUUCCUCGAGGAGAGCCAUGAAGAUGCCGAUACCCUGCCGAAUUUCUCGCGGAGAGUCCGGGCCCUGUUUUCAUGGCUGUGGGAGUGGACCAGCGCGGCGAAGAACGCGAGUCGGAUGAAGCCGCCGCAUGGCGCCCAGUAUCGCCACCUUCGCACACAGUCGGACGACAGUCAGGAUCAUGAUAGCGAACUAGACUCGGCAUCAGAGGUAUCGGAAACCCGUGAACCUCACCAUGAAUCGUUGACACGAAGCGAGAUCUUCAACCGGGAUACUGUCCUGCUCCUCUUGACAUACCUGAUCUUUGCUCUGUGCAACGUUUCAUUCAACUCGUUGUUCCCGAUCUUCUCGCAGGCGCCCCCUCCGAUUGGUCGUGGUCUGGGUCCAUCUGAAAUCGGUCUUGCCCAAGGAUUUUCCGGCUUCGUAACGAUCAUCUUCCAGAUUUGCAUCUUCGGCAAGCUAAGGGACAAGAUGGGAAAUCGCUGGUCUUACCGAGCCGGUCUGUUCGGCUUCGUUAUCGCUUUCAUCCUUAUGCCUUUUGUCGGAUAUAAGAGCAAGGAAUCUGGUAGCGCACUUGUGGGUGUUGAGCUGUGCUUCGCGAUGCUAGUUAAGACCGUCGCCUCUGUGGGCGGACUGACGAGUGCGCUCUUGCUGAUAACAAACUCCGCCCCGGACCACGCCGUCCUCGGAUCCCUCAACGGCCUCGCCCAGACCCUUUCCGCAGCCGGCCGUGCAGCCGGCCCGUUCCUCUCUGGUAGUCUAUUUUCCAUGGCCUCCAGACUGAAACAAAAGGGCGAAGCCAUGCCAUUCGGUGUCUUCGCCGCCGUAUCCUUCGUCGGCUUUAUCCUGAGUUUCGGCAUCCGAGGCCGAUCCCUCGAGGCAGAAGAUUGGGAAAGCGACAGCGACGACACCUACAAGUCCGACGAUGAUGAAGCCGCCGGCCCGUAAACGCCUCCACUAUUCACUCCUUUCACACAUAUCACAUCACAUCAUACCACAGUACAAUAAAAAUCACCAAGAACAGAGACAAGAAAAGAAUUAAUUUCUUCAAUCACGACCUCAUGAUUAUUAUCACUUACAGCCCUUACAGCCCCCAUAGAAAGAAAACAGGCUACCUCGCCUCGCCUCGCCUCGCCUCGCCUGCCCCCUCCCUACCUGAGUGAGCUCUUAUAGCGUCUGUCUUCUAUAUUUCUGCAAGUGCGAUGUCAUUCCUUUUCCAGUUCCAGAUGCAUAGGUGCGUGGUGUUUGGCGUUGGAAGAUGUUUCUCUAGUUUAGUCAGUUGGUCUAAGGAUGAGGGGUUUGGAAUUCGAACAAGUGUUAGGAUACCUUUAUUCUUUAUUCUUUU